UGAAAGACGAUCUGCCCCAGAAAAAUCACACUCUAGAUACGCUACCGCCCGUUCAAAAUCUCGACCGCUCCUGCUUAGAAGGUCUUUCACAGUUGGAAGGCCGUACUUACCCAACAUCUAUCUGCUCUUUCUCUGCGAUCUCUUCCCAUUUAGCCUUCGCAAAUUCAAACGAACGAUAGACCUUCUUAUGCAGCCGAAACCUCGAGAUUCAUUUCUUUACUGGACAACGACCCCUCCCCCCACCCUUGUCACUUGACUAUUGUUCGCCUCUUCACGUCACUUGGUGAUCGCUUUUUUUCAACCACUAUAAAACCCACACGAGCCAUGGUUAUCAACUUGAGCCUGAGCUCUUCGCCUCCAGUGGGCAGCUCGGCUAUAGGCACGUCGCCUAUCAGAGGCACCCGUCGCGGCGACGAUACCGACGAGCUCGCUGACGAGACGAUUCCUUGUUCGCCGCUCCAGACACAAGCCACGCAGAUAGUUAACCGGACUUCACUUGCGUCCCCGUCAAAGCCGCAUCCCGAUCUCUCCCCCUCCUCCCCGUCUUCGCGCUCGGUUAUCGAGGUCCCCGCGUCGUCGCCUUUCCAGCCGAACAAGACAUCGAGCAUCUCGAACAAAGCGUCGAGCACCUCGACCUACUUCUCGCGCCUCGUGCCCCCGGGCUCGCGUUUCCAGCCGCCCCCAAAGUCGCAGCCGACCCCGAGGUCGCUCAAAAGACCUUCGGAGGAACCCAUUAUUGUGGACUCUUCAGACGACGAGAACAACCGCAGUUCUCGUGAGAAUAUCGCCCGGACUUCGUUUAAGAAACAUGUCUCCAACUUCGAAUACAUCCCUGUGGACAAGCUGCAGAAGAAAAUUGAAGCAGUCUCCCAGGCUCUCGGCAGUACAAUGCCAGUUCAAUACUGCAAGGAGGCACUGACCGCAUGCCACAAUAAUGUUGAGGAUGCAAUCAACUACUUGUUGGAGGCUCGUCAUCUGAAGCCCAAGGCCAACCCCCUCUUGAGCUCUAAGAAAUCAGCUAUCACCGUGGGAAACGAAAGACCAACGAACCUGGAGCGAAGAAUCAGUCGAUAUGACGAGCCCAGCAAGCCGAAACUGCUUGGCCGCCAUACCCCAAGCCUGCCAACCCCUUCACGAAGUAUCACGCCCUCGCCACCCAAGCCAAAGCGCCGUCGCUUGAUACAAGGUCGUCGCCCCGACCGGUCUCCUAUCGCAUCGCAACAUAUCCAGGAAAUUGAACCGACGUUGGACGAACUCGCGGACGAGACGUUGGGCGAGCCAAUCGUCAUCCCAGACGACAACGAAGACGAGGACUUUGACAACGAGGAUGAAGUGAACGAGGCGGUGAAGGAGAGUUUGCAUGACAAGGCUCUUCAGGCCAUCAACAACAGCUCCAUCGAGGAUCUGUCAGCCAUGACAAAUAUCAAACUGGACGAGCUCAGAGUCAUUGAGAAUAAGAGACCCUUCGACACCAUCGACGAGGUUCAGGCCGUGACUGUCCUCAAGAAAUCAGGCGCGCGCGGCCGAAAGCCCAGGGUCGCGAUCGGAGAGACACUAGUUGACGCAAUCAUGGAGUUUACUCGCAGCGUCAACGCCAUUGACGAGGUUGUAGCCGAUUGCGAGAAGAAGGCGAACAAGGUCAAGCAAGAGAUUAGCCUUUGGGAUCUCGACGUCAAGGGGCAGAAACGGAGCUCCCAGAGCUCCCAGGCCAAGAAUGACAUGCCCCUGACACCGACAAGCUUCCAGGGCCAGAAGCUUUCGGAGCCCCCAAUUCCCUGCCAACCGAAAAUGAUGGAGGGCCACUGCACCAUGCGUCCCUUCCAGGUGUUUGGUCUGAACUGGAUGUCACUUCUAUACAACAGUGGCUACGGAUGCAUUCUGGCCGAUGAAAUGGGCCUGGGCAAAACGUGUCAGGUCAUCUCUUUGAUCUGUCAUCUCGUGGAGAAUUACGAAGAGACUGGACGGGGCGACCGACCCUGGCCCAACCUCGUCGUCGUGCCGCCAUCAACCUUUUCCAACUGGAUGGUUGAGUUCCAGCGCUUUGCCCCUGGUCUUUCGGUACUUGCCUACCAAGGUCCCCAAGCCGAGCGCAGGGACAUUGCAUACGAAAUGCUUGACAACCCCGGCGACUACCACGUUGUCUUGACGACAUACACGCAAGUUGGUUCUGAGGAUGACCUGGAGGCUCUCCGAGAGCUUCAGCCUGCUGCUGCAAUCUUUGACGAGGGUCACAAAAUGAAGAACCCCAAGACAAAGAUCUACAAAGAUCUCAUUCGAAUCAAAGCCCGUUGGAGGAUGCUACUCACCGGCACUCCUGUCCAGAAUAACUUGAUGGAGAUGCUCUCUCUUUUGAAUUUUAUCGACCCGAAGCAGUUCAGUGGCCGGAUGGAUCAACUCCAAUACAUGUUCAGUCAAAAGGUUACUAUUCGUGACGUCAACAACGGUGCCUUCCUAUACGGAGAACGUGUCAGCCGAGCCAGGACCAUUCUUGAGCCUUUUAUCUUGCAACGCCGCAAGCAGCAGGUGCUGUCCGACAUGCCAUCCAAGACCUGCAAUGUGGCAUAUUGCGAUCUGGCGCCGACGCAGAAAGAGCUGUACGAGGAGUACGAGCGCCUCUUCAAGGCCGGUCCGGCCAAGAAGACAAAUACCGGACGACAGAGCGACCAGAACAACAGCUGGAUGCAACUUCGAAAGGCUGCCAUUCACCCCCAACUCUUCCGGCGAUACUUUGACGACAAGAAGGUCGAGCAGAUGGCCAAGAUACUGAUGAGAGAUUUGCCUCAAUCGGAGCUGCAACAGCCGCGACUGGACCACUUGAUUGGGGAGCUGAAGAAUUCAUCCGACUUUGAAUUGCACCUCUGGUGUCGCGACUAUGCCUGCAUCAGGCACCUCGAUGUACCUGAAGGUUCUUGGAUGGAUAGCGGCAAGGUCACUAAGCUGCUCCAGCUCAUUCAUCAAUAUCGUGACAACGGCGAUCGCGUUUUGGUUUUCAGCAAAUUUGCAAAGGUCAUUGAGAUCCUUCGAGAGGUUCUCCAUACCGAUGGGAUCAAACACUGUGUUCUGUACGGCCAAACUAGCGUUGGAGAGCGUCAGGACCUGAUUGACGACUUCAACAAGGACAUCGAUAUCACUGCCUUCCUGCUCACGACCGGUGCCGGCGGUACCGGCAUCAACUUGACGUCAGCAAACAAGAUCAUCAUCUUCGACCAGUCCGACAAUCCGCAAGACGACAUCCAAGCCGAGAACCGUGCUCAUCGUCUGGGUCAGACCCGUGACGUCGAGGUCAUCCGUCUUUUGACGUCGCACACCAUCGAAGAGCUCAUUUACAAGGCAUGUCAGAAGAAAAUUGAGCUCGCCGAAAAGGUCACCGGUGCAGUGGAAGACGUUGAAGAUAAGAACGCAGAGGAAAACUUGGAGAAGGAGGUUCGGAAGAUGAUGGCGGAUCAGAUGACACCCUCAUGAUAGUAUGUUCAUGAGGCUUCGGUUCCGACGCGACUACUUGUUUUUGAUAUAUUUGCAUAGACAGGCGACUAGGCGCGGCUUUUGGUAGUCAUCGCAUUGACCGGCUACCUUUGUUGGGUGUUGUCCUGAGUUAUAUGGCAUGAUACUACCGCGGUAAGAAAAACAUCACUCUUGUAAUAUCCCUAGAGAAGAGAGAAGGCACGGCCGGAAGUGCUAGAUUAUUGUUACUUGUUUUAGGCAUUUGUAUUUAGUUCGAGACGGAAGACAUCCAGGGGGGGAUAACCGUGGACAAUAUCACGGCCUUGGACCAAAGGGAGCCUCCCCAAUUGUAGGGUUAGCAUGGCGGUCUGGAACGGGGGCCAACUGGACGAAAGCAUAGACGAAGACUAUCAGUCUACACAGACGAGAGCAAGUAUCUUUCAGAGGCAGCCUCGACUGAAUAAACUUUUACGACGGGC